CUGGUUCGGUUGUUCUUGUAUUAAACUGCAUAGAGCUCAAAUGCAGAUCUGGCUGGAAAGGGACUUUAGCUGCAUGACCAUUUGCACCCAGGACACUUUAUAACGUCUGGCUGGGCUCAGUGACUGCACUGGAUCUGGAGGCACUGUAUCAAACAUUAGUGUAUUCUUCGGUGUGUGGAGCCUGCCCCCACACCCGUAACCUGCCAAACCACGGCCUUUACCUGCGUGUUCCGGUGUUUCCCGUGCGACCCUUCCUGCGGAAGCGCCUCGUGGGCCACUCCAGAAUUUACUCAGCGCUCAGUGGCCCCAAUGGUGAAAAUGACCAGGUCCAAAACAUUUCAGGCAUAUUUGCCCUCUUGCCACAGAACGUACAGUUGCAUUCAUUGCAGAGCUCAUCUUGCAAAUCAUGAUGAGCUCAUUUCAAAGUCAUUUCAAGGGAGUCAAGGUCGAGCUUAUCUAUUCAAUUCUGUUGUCAAUGUUGGUUGUGGGCCUGCAGAAGAGCGUGUGUUACUUACAGGACUCCAUGCGGUAGCAGACAUCUACUGUGAAAAUUGCAAAACCACAUUGGGCUGGAAAUAUGAACAUGCCUUUGAAAGCAGCCAAAAGUAUAAAGAAGGCAAAUACAUAAUUGAAUUAGCUCACAUGAUCAAGGAUAAUGGCUGGGACUGAAGAGAUGAACAGGAGCCUGAAAAGAACAUCCAGCCGAAUGUGUAAACCUUAGAAUGAGCGAGUAACUGAGUGCUUGGUUUCAUAUGAUUCAGAGGCUGUGCCGCAUGGAGCAUCCUCUCACCCUUAAUCCAUCAUUCUUGGUGAAUGGCCUCUAAACUUCUGACACUCUGUCUCUUUGCUUUGUAUUCCUUUUGUGAGUUGCCCUCAGCCUCAUGCUCUUUUGUAGAGUUGGCUAAAGAAAAGCAUCAGGAGCCUCAUA